AUGGAUGAUGGUAAGGGAGACUGGAGUGAUGAGGGAAGAGGGAAUUCGGUUUGCAGUGUAGUCAGACCAUCCAUGGGACUAUUGAUCGGUUGUUUGCUGUAUGGGGUUGAUCCGGAGAAUUCCACAUGCCACGUUGACAGCGUAAGGUUGGUUAGUUGUGUUACAGAUGCAACCGGGGCUCAAACUAAUGGGUUCGGGUGGAAUGAUCGAGCUACAACGAUGGGAUCGAUUGGGAGUGAUGUAGAGGUUGUGACGCGAGAGAAAUGGAAAUGGAGCAGGAACCCUGCCGAGUUGAUGGCUUGUCAUGUGAUCGAGGAAGCCUUGUGUGAGGUUGCAAGGACAAAGCCAAUUGCAUUCGAAAGCUACUCUGUCGCAGUCCAAAGGCUGCUUGACUAG